AUGUAUCAAAGUAGCCUGCUGUUUGUCUUGUGCUCGGUGUUGGGUUUCUGCGAAGCUCAGGUUGCUUGCGAUAUUCGUCUUCUCUAUUCUCGGCUGUUGGCCGAUGCAGCGCUUGCCGAUAGCUUCUGUACCGACUUUCUCGAGGGACCGCAUCUGUCGACCCAAUUCCUCCAGCAGUUUGGUCUCGAGUGUUAUGAUGCCCAUCGCGCAGAGUUGAGCAUGGGUUGUUCCAUUUUCGCCGCGGCCAAGCGGGUUCUUCAGCCGGUCACGUCGACAACAACAGCUACAGCCACGGCCACCGUCACCGUCACAGCCUCCGAGACAGUGACCGUCAAAGACCCGGCGUACUCUGAGAUACUCGUCACUCCUUCGACGAUUUAUGAUCCAAGCCCGACGCCGUAUCUUUAUGUGUCUUUGGCGCCGGACCAGAGCAUCGCAGCGGAUGAACCGGCGCCCACAGUCCUGAGCAGUCUCACGUCGACGACCACAAGCACCUUUUCGAGCAUGACGGGUGCCUCCAUCUCCACGACGCUGCACUCGACCUUGUCCACCACCACGAUCCCCGUGAUGCAAUCCACCAUAUCUUCACUGGCGGCACCCAUUCCCUCCCCCACGGGCAGGUGUGUCCCGACCCCCUUACCGGCUGCGGUUGAUCACCACGUCUUCACGCCGCUCGUGGAUCUUUCGCUGGAACAGUCUUGGGCCUCAGGAGCCGCGGCCACCACCGUCGACGACCCGCAUGACCCGAACUCGGUGAACUGCGGUCCCCACUCGGUUGUCUACCUUCCCGAGCAGGCCUCGGCUUCAUGCGUACAUUUGACUGGAUCCUGGACUCCGCUGUAUACCGACGUCUACUAUGAAUGUGUUGCUCGCACAAGGGCGCCCAAUUUCGAUCCGACUUAUUACCCAGACGGCGUGGCCGGGUUCAACUUCACCGCCACCGACGACUCCUUCUCCGUGGUCAAUGCGCGCCCAUUGGGACCCCGGCCGGAGAGAGAUUACCAAGAGUCGAGCUUGACCUUGUUCGUACCCAAGGAGAAGACAUACGUGGUCGACUUCUGGGCCUGUGGGGCGGGAACGACUCUGAUCAUCGGCGAGCUGAGCUGCACUUACUAUGGUUGA